AAGGGGUAAAGUUCCACUUGUAACACCGUGUCAGUUGCGCCCCAACCCUACCCCAAUCGUGUGUGGUUACCACCAACUCCGAGUGAACGGUACUAACGCCGUCUUGGUCCGCCCCGGUGUUCUCGCCCACCACCGUCCAUUCAUAUAUUACUACUCAUCGCUCCAAUUCCCCUUAUCUCAUCAAUUUCACACACUCUCUCUCACACACAAUUCCGACAUCCAAGACGUUCGUCAAUAUGGAUACAGAAGUAUGAACACUCCAGUUUAAACUGGUAAACACAUCAACAUAUAAAUACACAAUUACAUAUAUAUAUAUAUAUAUAUAUAUAGAAAGAGAAAAUAGGUUUGACUACAAAUGUGGAGAUCGUGUGUUUUCUUGAAACAGAGUGUGUCAUCGGCGGUUCGUUACAAGCCGAAGCCGCCAUUAGGGUUUAGAGUGGUUUCGGAGGCUAAUGAGUAUUGUGGUUGUUUGUGUUCGACGAAGUCAUUGUCGUCAUUGUCAUCUAAUUCAGGCUCUGACGCCACCGCAGAUGGAGGUGGAGGGGAGGGGGAUAAAAUAUCGUAUGCGGAGGCGAAGAAGUUGAUGAGGCUGGUGAAUGUGGAAUCGUUGAAGAUGAAGCUAGGAAUGGAAGGGAAAGAGGUGAUAGGCUAUCCGGAGCUUCUGAAGGCCUGCGAGAGUAUGGGCGUUGCUAGAUCUCUCGAUGAGGCAGUCGCAUUUGCCCGAGUUCUUGAUGAGGCCGGUGUUGUUCUUCUCUUCAGAGAUAAAGUCUAUCUUCAUCCCGAUAAGGUGGUGGAUCUGGUUAGAAGAGCAGUUCCUCUUGCUCUGACAUCUGAAGAUGACCCCAGAAGGGAUGAGCUGAAGAAGCUGCAGGAGAAGAAGGAAAAAAUAGACCUGCUGGCGCAUAAGCAGGUCAGGCGCAUCCUCUGGUCAGGGCUGGGGUUGGCUGUGGUCCAGGUUGGGACUUUCUUUCGGCUGACAUUCUGGGAAUUCUCAUGGGAUGUUAUGGAGCCAAUUGCAUUUUUCACUGCAUCCACUGGCAUAGUCAUCAGUUAUGCCUACUUCCUGUUUACUUCAAGAGACCCCACUUACCAAGACCUGAUGAAGAGACUAUUCCUUUCAAGGCAGAGGAAGCUGAUGAAGAACCAUAAUUUCGACCAUGACAGGUUCAUUGAGUUACAAAAGAUGUGCAAAUCACCUCUAGAUCUCCCCCCUUUCGUCAAACAUAGUAGGGUAGGGGUGGAAUUGGCACCUGAAGACGCUUUAUAUAGGCAUUAACACUUAAUUUUGGUCCUUUGUCACCCUUAGAAUUUGUCAGAGUUACCACCAAGGUCCUCCUUUCUCUGAGACAGAAAAUAUAUAGUUUUCGUACUUCCUUUCCGGGUAAUUUUUUUUUUUUAACCUUUUACUUGAUUCGUAUGCCUACUUAUCAACUUGAUACUGGGAUUCUUGAAUUUCUUCUUUCUGCCAUAGGGAACCUGAACUGUUGAACGCAUUCCCUUGGAUGUAAACAAGUUGGUCAAAUCUCUUUCUAUAUCUGAAGGCAUGUCGUAAUGCUGACUUGUUGAUAAUUAAACUCUCAGCUGUUACAGAUUACAGUCUAAUUUUUUAUCUAGCUACUGGUUUUUACAUCAUUGAUUCCCAAAAAUUGUACAAGAAACUUUAAUCUAGUGAUCACAAUUCUUGUUUUCUCGAA